UCUGAGCGGCACUUCCGGCAUCCUCCGCGCCAGCGGACGUUGUGUUGGUUCCUGGGAGGAUCUGCUGGCGCCUGGGCGCUUCUUUGCUUGGUUGAGGACUCGGGAAGUGCGUGAGGAGGCAUCGUCCCGGCUGUUCGGUGCCAGGGUGGUGCUCGGGAAAGUGGUCUUCGCGUCCGCAACCUGGACGUCGGCCUCUCUCGCCGCGCUCCGCCCGCAGAGCCCGAUGGCGGCGGCCGAGCCGAGGGACCCGCUUCAGGGCUGUGUAAUUUCUGAGGGCGUGUUUGUGUACUUCUCCCUGGAAGAAUGGAAGCUACUCGACGAGGCUCAGAGACGCCUGUACCGGGAUGUGAUGCUGGAGAACUUGGCACUUUUAGCUUCCCUGGGUUGUUGGUGUGGAGUUGAGGGUGAGGUUAUAUCCUCUGAACACAAUGAUUCUUUAGAAAGAGUGUCGCAGUGUCACAGGACUCCUAUGGCACAUCUAAAGACCUACUCAUGUGACGUGUCUGACCCAUCUGACCCAGUAUUCAAAGACAUCAGGCACCUGACUGAAAACCAGGGGGGAAAAGCCAGUCCAGAACCACGUACGUGUGAGGCAUGUGGGAAGCCGUUCUGGUUCAGUGCAGACCUUCACCGGCACCAGAAGCAGCAGAGUGGAGAGAAAUUCUUCAGGACGGAUGAGGGCAGGGAUUCCGUGAAAAGCUGCAGAACCUCUGUGCCAGACAAGACCUGCAUACACGGUGAGAGCAGAAUGGACUUGCCAGCCACCUCUGGCCUUCACCACUGGGUCCCUCACAGCAGGAUAAAGCCCCAUAAGAGCACUGAGUUUGGGGAAACCCUUAGCACUGGACAGAAGCAUCACAAAUGUAGUGAAUGUGGGAAAGUAUUCACCCGAAAAGACACACUUGCUAGGCACCAGAGAAUUCACACUGGAGAAAGGCCCUAUGAGUGUAGCAAAUGUGGGAAAUUCUUUAGCCAAAGCUGUGACCUUUUCAAACACCAGACAAUACACACUGGUGAAAGGCCUUAUGAGUGCAAUGAAUGUGGGAAGUUCUUUAGGCAGAUCUCUGGCCUUAUUGAACACAGGCGCGUUCACACAGGUGAGAGGCUCUAUCAGUGCAGUAAUUGUGGAAAAUUCUUUAGCAGCAAGUCUAAUCUCAUUCGACACCAGGAAGUUCACACAGGAGCAAGGCCUUAUGUAUGCAAUGAAUGUGGAAAAGAGUUCAACCGCAAACACACGCUGAUCCUGCACCAGAGAACUCACACUGGGGAAAGGCCUUAUGAGUGCAGUGAAUGUGGAAAAUGCUUUAGCCAAAGCUCCCACCUUAAUGUACACUGGCGAAUUCAUAGCAGUGAUUAUGAGUGCAGCAGAUGUGGGAAGGCCUUUAGCUGCAUCUCUAAACUCAUUCAGCACCAGAAAGUUCACUCUGGAGAAAAGCCUUACGAGUGCAGCAAGUGUGGGAAAGCCUUCACCCAGAGGCCAAACCUUAUUCGGCACUGGAAGGUUCAUACUGGAGAGAGGCCUUAUGUAUGCAGUGAUUGUGGGAAAGAGUUCAACCGCAAGCACACACUUGUUCUCCACCAGAAGAUUCACAUUGGAGAAAAGCCGUAAGAGUACAGUGAAUGUGCGAAAUUUUUUAGCCAAUGCUCCCAACUUAUCAUACACUCGAGAAUUCCUAGCAGUGCUUGUGAGUGCAGCAGACCCCGGACAGCUCUUACCCAAAGAUCGAAGCCUCUUCGGCACACCUAGUCCACACUGGACAAAGGUUUUAGAGUACAGGGAAUGUCCUGUCUCCUUGUUCAACCUAACACCUCUCCCCAGAGUGAAGCUCUGAGUGUAGGCUUUGUGGGAGAGCCAUCAGCCAGCAAUGAAACCUCAUACACAUAAAUCUCCACAGCAGAAAGCUUCCCCACGAAUGCCACAUAUGUGAGGUGCUUUCAGGGGCUGUGGUGCACAUUCUGAACUGUUGGUUGCCUUUGCCAGUGGCAGAAGCCAUCUUCCUUUUCCCUCUGGCAGAGUCCCACCGUGUGUGGCAGUUAGGCCAGCAUGCUCCGGCAGGCAGACCUCUGCUGUCUCCCCAGCCCAUGGAAGGAGGCAUGACUGGCCUUCGUGGCCUACAGAGGGUCUUAUUUUCACACUGUUGACUGGUUUAGACAUGGAAUAAAUCAGCACAUAAGAUGGGUUCUCCAGAUAGUUGCAGAGAUUUACCUUCAUGGGUUUCUUGGUCUCAUUAUGGAUGUGUACAGUCUCCAGGUCACCCAUCCAUGGACUGCAUGCCCCACAUACGCUCAUGUUUUGACAAUUAAAAAGUCCUUGUUCUUUGGGCCACCAUUGA